CGAAUCUACCACUUUGCCUCUCAGCAAUCCGAUUGCUUGAAGCCACUCAGUUUGCUUUUACCAGCCAACCAUUUAUCUCUGCUCCUCACUCUCAUCCCAUCCAAGGGCCCUCAGUAUCUCCCCAGUUUCAAACCAACCUUUGAGCAAGUCCAAAUCAACAUGAAGAUUGCAACGACAUGUCUUGUGGUCACUUUCAUGAUUUUGAACCAUGGACAAAGUUGUAACUCCCAUGACGUCACCUUACGUCAAGCAACUGACUCGUUAAGGAGUGUUACCCAAAGAAUCUCCGUCGGCGAAAUAAAAGAUCGUUUGGAAUUCGAUAAGGGUUCCAAAAUAAUGGAAACGAUGUUGAAUGCGCCAGAAUGUUUCGGAAAUGGCUUUGAAUUUUUUACCAUUUCCCUGCCGAAUCCGAGUGGAUGUUAUAUUUUCCAGACCACUGGAUUCAACAUGGAUGGAUAUCCGAAUAAUACAGGAUCUUCUUCUUUUCGAUACUUUUGCGCUUACACCAUUGAGUUUGAGGCUAAUGUAAGUGGAACGGUGACCGUUAAAGAAAAAGAUUUCCAGUUCCAAGAACCGGACAGUGGUGGAAAUUGCCUCGAUUAUGUAGCAAUUUUUGGUGUGAACGAUGAACAACAACAAAACGACAAUACUGACUCCGAUGACCGAAAUCCAGAUGAUUUUGCCGUGCAAUAUUGUGGCACGAUUACAGGAGACAAGAUCCGCGCUUUCCCUGAAAAUCAACUUACCAUUCAAUUAAUCGCCGACAACACGGAAAACGGCAAUGGAGCUGAGAUUGAUAUUUGUAUUGAUUAAAAGAGUUGGGGGUCAAAAACCCCAAUCUGUUUUUACCGCUUUUUGAACUAUGAAAUGAUUAUUGGUUUAUUUGUUUUUCUUUAAUUUUGACUGACUUCAUGGUUUCGGAAAUAGAUUAAAUCAAUCCUUUGAAAA